AGAUGACUGUUUCGACCACUCUCUGAGUACUAUGACCAUGUCCAUGUCGAUGAGCGGGACCAACCUGUACGAGGCCGCGAGGCUGUCUGGGGGCUCCAGCAUCAUUGAGAACCUCCAGUCUCAGCUCAAACUCAGAGAAGGAGAGAUAGCACAACUGCAGCUUGAGAUCUCCAGUCUCGAGAGAAGUCGUUCUGUGAUGGCAGAAGAGCUGGUGCGACUCACCAAUCAAAACGAUGAGCUGGAGGAGAUGGUGAACGAGAUCCCCAUGUUGAAAGUUCAACUCAAGGAUCUGGAGCAGAGGCACAACACUAUCUUGCAGAUGUAUGGAGAAAAGGCUGAAGAGGCAGAGGAGCUGAGACUGGACCUCGAAGAUGUGAAGAACAUGUACAAAACACAGAUUGACGAACUGCUGAAGAACCAGAAAUAAACAGUUUUUACUGAA